UUACGCUUCCCCAUGAACCGAACAGCGAAUUUGGACGGCUGUAGGCCUGGGCAAGAUGACGUUGAGUUCGAGGCGAGUGCAAGCAUAGCCUACUGGAGAUCCGGAUCGUAUCCGCAGAGGCCCGUAUUUGUGCGCCAGAGAUCGAUGAACGAUGAGGAACGUCUGCUGCGGAGCAUGCAUGGUCUGGGAGUAUGGAGUUUUAGGCCGGGUUGGACUGAGCACUGAAGAGGAUAGAAAGAUGGAGGUGAGGUGUCGAGCAUGAUUGGGCUAGAAUGAUGUCUUGCUGAUGGCAAGGUGAGUGGCUCUUCACGUUUCACAGCCAAGGCCGGACCUGUAAGUUAAUUAUUGAGGCCGGAGGACAUGAGCGUUGGAGGCGGCGCAGCACCGCAUGGCACCGCACAGUAUACCAUAGCACGACACAGCACAACUCAGCACAGCACGAUGAUGGUGCCUGGGUCCGAUCCACAGCGCUAAAACGUCAAUGACCUGCAGGCGAACAUCGUCACCCGCCUCAAAGUCACGGCUCUUGCUGACUUCACAUCAACAGCUUCCACCACAUCACAAGAAUACUAUGUUUCUAGCACCUCGCACGUAUGAAAUCUUGAAAUGAACUCUUCAGUAUCUUCGUUUUUCCUGCUUGUCCGUCCACUCCCCUCCAGUCUCGACGACUGACCGCUAGUCUUACAUGCCCUCGCAACCUCGACCAAGUCCGUGGGACUUUUCAGAUGCCGUACAGCUUCUGCACAGCACUUCGCUCGACAAGCAUCAUCUUCCCGCUGUACGCGAGCACGCAAAGCUCGACACGUCGCCGAAGCCAAAGCUCUCAGGGCUGGGCGAUUUCAGCAGAUUGUGGGAAGCAAUUGGCAUAACAUCAGCUGUGGAAGGCAAUGAGCGGCAUCCCAUUCUACCUGAAGAUGCUGCAUCCGGGGCUGAUGCUGUCCUCGACCCCAACCACCCGCCUGCCCCGCCACUUAGGGAUGACACGUACGCCUCCGAUGGUGGGUGCUAUUCGGCACGGAAGAGCGUUACUUGGAAGGAUGAGCUGGACUAUAUGGACAGCACAGAUAUAGCGACAACUCCAACCUCGGACGAUGACCGUGUACACACGCUUGGAUCGUCCUUUGUUGUCUCUAAUUUGCAAGAUCAGCAAGACCCUGUCGGGGCUAGAAAGGAAGCCAAGCGUGCGAAGAGGCAGAGACAGAAGCAGAGGAAGCUUCUUGAACAGGUCAAUCAACAGAAGGCUCGGGCACGUAAAGUUGCCAGUGAUAUCGAGUCGGAGUCCGAGAUUCGAGACCGCACCAGGCAGACUCCAGCCUCUAAGGCGAGUAAACACCCUAAGUCAACGAUAGUUGACCAAUCUGUGCGUAAUAAGGCGAUGUCUCGAGGCUCUCCGAAGACGAAGAUUUGUCGGAAUGCGGAAAAUGUACUGCAUGCAGAAGCCGCCAACGCCUCAUCUCCGGAAAGACACCGGAGAACUCGAUCCAAGGACACGACUCAAAAGGGCGAAACAUUGGCAACGCCGAAAAGGGUUGCACUUUCAAACCAUCUUCUACCUUCUGCGCUGCCGCAACAUUCUGCUAAAUUGCGACCUGCCCAGGAGCUGUCGCAGUCGCUUCAGGCUCAGUUCGAGAACAAUAUACCUACACAGAUUCCAAUGAUGGCCACUCCAAUGCGGAAAAGAGCACAGGCACCGUUUCAAAUUCUUGAAAAGGAAGAACGCGAUCUUCAGCUCUUUCUACGCCUCGUGCACGAGUUUCCCGACGACAAGAAGUGGCUCACGCAACCCGUGCUAAUGGCCGACCACAACUCAUCUCCGUCUGGUAUUCAUGUCUUUGUGGACUUCUCCAAUAUAUGGAUUGGCUUCAUGGAUCACUUGAAGCAGAUGCAGAUGCAGAUGCAUCAUUGCAUCCCCCACCAGAAUAUUUCGUUUGACGCGCUUGUCCUUCUGCUCGAACGUAGACGACCGGUCGCGAAACGAGUCCUCGCAGGCAGCUACCCUCUCAUGCCUGCCAUGGAACUUGCCAAACAAAUCGGAUACGAAACGCUUAUACUUGAGAAAGUUUUCAAGUCCCGUGAGCCCAAUGAACGACAACGCCGCAUGCUUGCCCUGCAGUCGCGAAAUUCGUUUGCUGCUCUUGGAACACAGAGCGGAACGAAUGGCAGCUCACAGGUCAGUAUGCUUAGUACCACUCCUCCAACCGCAUCCACAGGUCCAGUUCAGGCUUUCUCGCCGUCGCCCGCCUCUGAAAAAUGGGUCGAGCAAGGUGUUGAUGAGAUCCUUCACCUGAGGAUUCUGGAGUCUAUCGUCGAUACGGACAUCCCUUCACGCAUGGUUGUCGCAACAGGCGACGCUGCCAAGGCAGAAUACUCGGAAGGGUUUAUGAAGAUGAUCGUAAGAGCUCUGAAGAAGGGCUGGUUUGUGGAACUGGUGGCUUUUUCAAAGAGUAUUAGCAGCGAAUACCUGAAGAAAUCGUUUAAGGAUCAGUGGAAAGACCAGUUUCAGGUAAUCGUGCUGGACAAGUGGGCUCAAUUCUUGCUUGAUACGUGAGGUGGAAUGACGAGGUUGGCACUGGAUAUACUUGGGAGUCGAUGAGCUGCUUUUCGAAGAUGUGAAUUGGCUGGUCAGGGAAAAUGCUUUUUUUCCGUUCUUCAACCUCGACUUCGGACAGUUCACUUCUACAGGAAGCCAAAUAUGACACAACAAGAGGCAUUCAAAUGCCUUGCUGUUGGAUUGAACACCUUGCGAAGAGGAGCAUGCUAAGCGGACCUCCUGUUACCGUUCGGACCUUACAGUCCAGUGCUGCGUAGCGUAAGAGGUCAGACGGUCAAAUAUGCUUGUGCCCCGUGAGCGACCGAUUUCUGCUGCCAACAACUGAUCUCUUGAGCAAAUAGAAUGCAAGCAAAUCGAACUUUCGAACUCGAUGACAUUGUACGAUAGUUACUUUUCCACAGCAAAUGCACGAGCACUCUCCCACUACUCGAUUAGUUCACCAUGAAUUGCCUCUCUCAGCCAUGACGCAGUUCCGG